AUGAUGCAACAGAAGUUUGGUAACUAUACUGUAUGGAAUUACAUAGCAUUCAACUAUGCAGGCUUUGCUUGUAUAGCCGCAAUAGUUUUCCUCACAUCUACUCAACCAUUUUAUAUCAAGGAAGUUAUUGGGAUCGAACCUAAACCAGGCAGUAACAAGGACACAAAAAUCGGGCGUAUUGUUGGGGGAUUAGGAUUUUUUGACGAGAUCGUUUCCAUGUCGACAGCUCCGAUACUAGGAGCUGUUAAUGAUAUAUUGAAUUCUCAAGGGCUUGCUGGUGCCAGAAUAAUCCAAAGUUUCAGUUUUAUUGUCAUUGCAUUGGCGUUGUUUGGGUAUGCCUUGAAUCGCAAUUUAAUACCAACCAUGCUUAUUCUUAGGGGAGUGUUUGCUUUGGGAGUUACUGGGUGCAUGAGCAUGGUGACGGUGAUGUUGAACCAACUUUCAAUGUCCGACUUUUCAUUUAAAAAGUUGUGGGGAAAAGAUGAUGAUGAGGGGGAGGGGGAGGGGGAGGUGCUGGUGCUGAACGCACCGCGCAAAAAUGGUAAGUUUGCAGCUAUUAUGGGCGUUGCCACAGGGAUUGGAGCUAUAUUUUCUGUCUCUACACUAGUCACAUUGCCAGUGAAGUUUUCAGAGUGGUCUGAUAUGAAAUCGGCUCUUGCAGGUUCGUACAUCGUGGUUAUGGUGUUUGCCUUGGUAUCAUUUGCCAUCCUUUUUAUAUUUUUGUACAAACCAAAGGUUGAGCCAGAAAGUAUACACCAUGGCCACUUUCUCAAAGAGGGAAUACAGUUUUCCAAACACAGUAAGGAAGCUCAAGUGGCUUUUGUUGGUGCAUUUGUGGCUAGGUCAACCACCGUUGCUACUACUCUCUAUAUUCCCUUGGUAGUGUACAAUUGGUAUUACAACGUUGGCGAAUGCAAGUCAAAGGACAACUGGGCGGGUAAAAUGACUUGUUAUGACGGCUACAUCUUUUCAGCCAUAUUAACUGGCGUUGCACAAACCGUUGCCCUAGUGUCUGCACCGUUUUGGGGGUAUUUGGGUGAUUCAAGCAGAGUCGGCAAAUAUCGCACUCUUGCCCUUGCUGGGUUGUUUGGUGUUUUGGGAAAUUUUGGGGUAAGUUUGGUUACCACCAUAACAAACUAUAACCCCAAGACCGUGUGGUGUUUUCUUGGCGUAAGUGUGAUUGGAUUAUCGCAAAUUGGGUUAAUCAUCAGUAGUAUGAGCAUACUAAGUGGAAUAGAAGACGCCCAACAAAUCAUGGGAUCAUUGAGCGGUCUUUACAGUUUUGCUGGUGGACUUGGUAUUAUGAUCAUUACACUAAUUGGUGGAUUACUAGCCGAUGUAUGGGUUUUGGGACCCUUUUUCAUUUUGGGGGUGUUUAAUGUAGUUUUGUUGAUGAUUUGUUUGAAAAGGGAUGGCCAGGUGGUAUAUGAGGAAGAGGAAGUGAGAUUAGUUGAUGAGGAAAGGUGA